CUCACAUCAAAACAAGCCUCACUUGCGCUCGUGUCACAGAGCAAUCGCACCCUAACCGAGCCUCACAUAUCUCGCAUGUUUCUCACCAGUGGGUUUUAUAUCUGCGUGUUAAAUUCGCGCUGAAAUCGUCUGCUGAGGUAAAAGAAUAAAAGUUUUCAUUACGGAAUUCCAAACUGCUGUACCGGUUGGUGGCAACAUGGACGAUACGCGGUUUAUUGAAGAAGAUGCUGUAGUGAAAAAUUCGACUGGAUAUAAUUCAUCAAGGACAGGAGAACCUGCAGGCAUCUGCGACAUAUUCCUCAUCGGCAUCUCCUACCUGCUGGUCGUCUGCACUUUGCCCCUCUCACUCUUUUUCUGCUUCAAAGUGGUUCAAGAGUACGAGCGAGCAGUUAUUUUCCGAUUGGGACGUUUGUCUAAAGGUGGAGCCAGAGGACCAGGAUUGUUCUUCAUUUUACCAUGUACUGACAACUACUGCAAAUGCGAUUUGAGAACUGUGUCCUUCAAUGUACCCCCACAGGAGGUUCUGAGCAAAGACUCAGUCACCGUAUCUGUGGACGCCGUUGUCUACUACCGAAUCCAGAACGCCACGAUCGCCGUUUCGAAUGUCGCCAACUAUGAUUCCUCCACUCAGCUUCUGGCUGCCACCACCCUGCGAACUGUCCUCGGCACAAAAAGCCUGUCCGAAAUACUCUCGGAAAGAGAGCAUAUCAGUCACGUGAUGCAGUCGAGUUUGGAUGAAGCUACAGCACCAUGGGGAAUCAAGGUCGAAAGGGUAGAAAUCAAGGACGUACGAUUGCCACAACAGAUGCAGCGAGCCAUGGCUGCUGAAGCUGAAGCACAGAGAGAAGCUAGAGCAAAGGUGAUUGCAGCUGAAGGAGAACAGAGAGCUUCUCGUGCACUCAAGGAAGCCGCUGACGUCAUCUCCGACUCUCCUGGCGCUUUGCAGCUGCGUUAUUUGCAGACCCUCACCUCAAUCGCAGCUGAGAAGAAUUCAACUGUUGUAUUCCCGCUGCCUAUGGAACUCAUGCGUGGGUUAGGAAUGGGCAAAUGAAAGCGCAGGUUCUGUCAUUUGAAAUUCUAUUGCAUUAAUGGAAAAAAAACCAAGUCAGAAUGAUUAUAAACGUACGAGCAGUCUUAUGCUAUUGAUAAUGUUGCAAAGCUUGUGAUUUUGAAAUGACAAUUGUUUUGGAAGAUUUUAAAAAAUUAUUUUUGUCGCUUCAUAUACGGAGCACUAGCAUUGAUUCAAAUUUUGCUUGUUUUUAAUUUUUUUGUUCACUUGCUUGUAUAUGUAACCGUGACUAUCAUUUAAAAAGAUAAUUGUACAAUUACGAACUUUUCAUUUGUAAAUGUUCUAAAGACUGAGUAUAUUUUUUUUGUGUUUGACGGUAAAGAUAUUUGUAUUUCGAAAUCAUCCAGUGUGACAAUUUUAUGUAAGCAUGUCGCUGAGUUGUGAAUAAAACAUUACAUUUUUA